GGAAUGCGCUGCACGUUCACACAUCCACAGCCCAGAUGUUUUCACUUUGACCUCCUCCUCCUCCGUCUCCUCCGUCUGUUUCCGGAUUAAUUGCGCACGGACCAUAUUUGGCCACGCUUGUCUGGAAUUUGCGUUCUUUGACAGGCGGAUACCUGUGACCAGUCCCUCACAUACACACAACAGGGACUUUUCUAUGUUGCCAGCGCAGUUUAGUGAUAUUUAAUGAUCUUAAUAUCCUGGAUGUUGGAACAGAGUGUUCUGUGAAGUAGUUGUACCCUCAUGUUCACUUACAUAAGACACAGACACUCCCCCUCCUGAUGUGAGAGUGAUGAACCGAUGGGAAAUUUGGUUGGAAAUCGAGAAAAGGACAGUCACACAGGAAUGACUUCAAUCAGCAAGCAAUGUUUAGUUCAUGGCAUUAAAUCUUGGCUUUACAAACUACCUGAACAGUGGUAAGUAAAUGAAAAAUCCUGUGUCUACAAGUCUCUAUCAUGUAUCAUUAUUUUUAUUAUUAUUUUUUAGACAAGAUGAGCGAGUUUUACGACCUGAGCGUAGACAUCCAGGACAGUUUGUCCUCCCUAGUAAAUCAAAAAUAAUGGAGGAAGAGACAAGUGACAGCUUUGUCCUGGCUUGAUCCUUGACUGUUGUUUUUGCUGUUGUUGUACAGUUGCCUGAGGAGAAUGUGAGGAUGGAGACAGACGCAAUGGACAUACAUCCAGUCAUAUGAGUGAUGUGGACAAAGGGACAAGUCAGUCUAAGUUGCUUCUGUCCCAAAGCAACUUUACAGGCCUGUGGUAAACAGCCUGGCCAAGAAGAGGAAGCAAGAUCACCACAUUUCCUCAUGAAAUCCUGGAGAGUAGCCUGCAAACCUAAAUCUAACUGCCAGUGUCUUCAGAAAAUGCUGAGGAAGAUGGUGACGAUGAGGAGGAUCCUCCACGUCAAGGGAGAUGUGAUGUGCACCAUGCUGCUACUGGUUCUGUUCUGUCUGCUGCUCUACGCUCACCAGGUCAUCCUGUCCUCUGGGUGGGACAGACCAGUGUGGAAGCUGGAGAUCCACGGAUCUACCAGCUCCAGUCGGACCCUGCUGGGAGCCAGCGGGCCCAAAGUGGGCCAGGAGUCUCAAGGGCUCCCGUCCAGCCCUCCAGAGCCACAGCUGCCUGCCUGUAAGCCCCAGUCCAAAUCAAAUCCUCCUCAGGCCAAGUCCAAACCUCAGGUCAAAUCUAAGGGGAAAUCCAAGUCUCGACGGAAGAAUGCUGCGCCAACCAAGAGUGCCGGCAAUCCCCUGCCCACGAUGCCGCCAUUUGACUUUGAGGGCUACCUGAGAGAAAAGGACAACAGAGACUUUAAGUUGCUCAUAGACCAGCCAGAGAAGUGUCACAUCGGACGGGCAGAGGGAGAGGAAGGGGGAAGAGGACAUAAAGGGUCUCUUACUGCUCCCUAUAUGCUCAUCGCUGUGAAAUCUAUUGCUGCGGAUUUUGAUAAGCGUCAGGUGGUACGUCGGACAUGGGGCAAGGAGGGACAUUUCCAAAACGGUGUGUCCAUUCGUACCGUUUUCCUGCUGGGGGUUCCCAGGAAUCGGACUGCUCUGCCUCUGUGGGAUCGGCUCUUGACCUACGAGAGUCAGACCUUUCGGGACAUCCUGCUGUGGGACUUUGAAGACACUUUCUUCAACCUGACGCUGAAGGAAACACAUUUUCUGAAAUGGGUUAACAGCAGCUGUCCUCAUGUCAAAUUCAUCUUCAAGGGCGAUGCUGAUGUGUAUGUGAACGUGGAGAACAUAUUAGAGAUGUUACACGGUCAAAAGCCAGACGAAGAUCUGUUUGUUGGUGACAUUAUCAUCAAUGCUAAACCCAUUCGCCGCCGCAGUUCCAAGUACUACGUGCCAGAGUUUAUGUAUGGAGGGGGUUUGUACCCCAGUUAUGCCGGGGGAGGAGGGUUUGUCAUGUCGGGACAUACGGCUCGGAGACUCAGCUCUGCAUGUCAACAGGUGGAGCUGUUCCCCAUCGAUGAUGUCUUUCUGGGAAUGUGCCUCCAGCUGAUCGGCGUCAAACCAUCGCGCCACCAGGGCUUUCGUACCUUCGGAAUUCCCCGACCGUCUGCAGCGCCCCACCUUCAGACGUUCGACCCCUGUUUCUACAGAGAACUCAUGGUUGUCCACAGCCUCAGUGUCCCACAGAUCUGGCUCAUGUGGAACCUCCUGCACGACCCCAAGCUGAGCUGCCACAACAGCACCAGCCCGACGUCCUGGCCCUUUAAGUGGAGGGAGAGAAUGGGAGACACGGCUGGAGAAGAGACGGACUACGGUGAGAAGCGGGUGUUUAUCACGCAUUAGUGACUUUCUGCAGGGCUGGGCGGGAUCUUCGAGGGCCCUAGCCACUACAAAAUGCUUAUAUCGCACAGGAUCUGUGGCCAACGGAGGACUGUGAUGUGUUCAAAAGCACAGUUGAGUCAUAUGAGAAUUUAUCCGAGCUGGCAGAUCAGCUUGGGGGAAAUGAAUUGGCAAAUGUACUUUAGAUUUUUCAGGAAGGAAUCACAAAGAGAAUUUAGGCUUUUGCCAUCAGAGGCCCAUCUGUCUGUUCAUACGGCGCCUGUGAACAACACACACAGCAAGAUUUUGAUUUGCAGAGAUUGUGUGGUGAGUAGAAUCUCUCUGGACUUAUGUACACGUUUAAAUCUUCAGAAUGUGCUGUGUUACAAACAGAGACACCACAAGAUUGACAAGGAUAACAUAACUAAAUGUGGUUAGCUGGUUUAACCCCAUCUGUUAUCUGCAGUGUCAAUGCAUCUGUGUGUCUGAGACCACAACAAUGUUAAUACACUGACUUUCACUGGACUGAGUGGGCAGUCGAGAUUGGGAAUGGCUGUGAGCACUGGGGAAGGUGGGAAGACAGUGGAGACGUUUUCAUGUUCUGAUGUGAAUCACUUGCGGAGAUUAGGGAUGCACCGAAAUGAAAAUUCUUGGUCGAAACCGAAAACCGAAAACCAAAAAUGAGGAAACCAAGGCUGAAAACCGAAAACCGAAACACCAAAAGAAAUUAUUAUGCCAAAUAUUAGUACCAUUGCAUUUAUGGCUAUGACUGUGUACUAACCUCACUAAAAUUCAAGGCAUUGUGAUUACAUAAAUUAAUAUGAAUGUUUCAAAGAAUAAAUCAAUUUAAACAAGAUUGUAAAAUUAAAUACAAUCUAAUAUCUCAUAAAAACACAAAGUGCAUAUAAGUCAAGUGCAUUUAAA